AUGGCCAUGCUCUCCAGCCCAGCCAUUGCCACGACCGGAGAUAUCGAACCUGAAGUCUGCGUCAAGAUCAGAGUGUGCCAGAACUAUGAUUUUAGAGGACCCUGCUACAGCGAAUGCCAGAAGCCGUCGGCUACGCAUAAGAUCCGGAACGGAUAUAGAGACAACGCGGGCUCGUUCGCCGUGGACUCGAAGGGCUUCCUUUGCACUGUCGGCACUCCAAAUUCCGCAACUUGCUCUGGAAAGGAAUAUCCUGGUUUCAAGCGGCUUCCGAAACACUGCCUCGACAAUAUCAGUAGCUACUAUUGCACACCGUCCUAG